AUGGGGAGUGAUCUCCCUCAUGACUCCAGCAAUUCCGUCAAUCUUGCAGCUGGAUAUGCCUCAGUGGUACCACUCGUGAUCUGUGGCGAGUCUGGAACCGGGAAGACUUUCCUUCUCAGCAAAGCCGCGUUUAUGGUACGACAAUGGAUCAGCGAAGAGGCAGAUGAUAACCUACAAGGAAGUAACAUAAUCGUUGUGCUGCGCUACCUUGGUACUGACCACAAAUAUUCCAGCUUUGCCUGCUUGUACCGGUCGAUUUGUCUUCAACUUAUCUCAUGCCUCGAUGCCUUACCGCGCAGGGCGAAUUUCGAUAAGCAGGCUUUCCAGCCCAGUGAAGACUUUCAGGUUAAAGUAUAG